CAAAAAGAUAAUUUUAGCAUAUUACCUGUUUGAAUAAAAAGGCAUUUUUAGUAAAAGAUUUUUUCACAUAUGUACAGAAGAAAUAAGAUCGAUUUUGCUAAGAAAGUUAUUCUAAUCGUUUUAAUAUUAAAUCGAAUUAAUUGUUUGUUGCUUGCGAAACGAGUCAGGUAUGGCAACACUAUUCCUUCCGUCUGUUAUGUGUACAAAUGGCGGAUACUUUUCUUGUUAAGCAAUUAUUGUAUUCAAAUAAACAUAUAUUCUGUGAUAUGGAUACGCACAAAGUGAAUUAUGGUGUAACAUUGUGAUGUAAAAGUGUUCUAAUAUUCCAAUCGGACUUACAAUAAAGUCAAAACAUGGAAAAUCAUAUGCACGAAGUUCCAAUUUUAAAUCAACAUGAAGUACCGAUUAUGAAUCCUCAUAUGAAUUCCAUGGUAAUUCCUCAGCAACAACCGCAACAACAAACACAACAGCAACAGAACCAUCAACAACAACCACAACAAAACCUCCAACAACAACAAAACCAUCAACAACAACCAUCUAAUAACCAAAUAAAUCAUCAAACAAACCCUGAAGCACCUACAGUAGUCACCGAUGACUUAAAACCUAAAUUAGAAAAGAAGAAAAAGGAAGCAAUAGAUGGACAAGCGAGGGAAAUAAUUUUUAAAGUGAUAAAAUUCUUUGAAAGUGAAAAACAAAACAGAGGUUAUGCAUAUCCUGUAGACAAUGUUGUUAAACGCGCUUGCGCUGCUACUGGCCUAUCAGAGAGCACAAUAAAAAGAAUAAAAAGGGACGGAUUACGCGCCGAAGCGACCCACACUAAAAUGACAGGACCUAAGAAGAAAAGAGUUAGAAAAACUAAAGUUCAACUAGAUUAUUUCCAAUUGUGUGCUUUAAGAGGCAUCGUUAAUAGUUAUGGUGGUAGGAAAGAAGUACCUACGUUAGGUAAGAUUUUAGCUGCUGCAAAACACGAAUUAAACUACAGAGGUGGUAAGGAAUCUCUAAGAUUGAUAUUAUUAAACAAAUUAGGUAUUAAAUUUAAGAAAUGUGAAAAAAAAAAUAAGAAACCUCCAGAACAAAAUGUACUACCAAUGCAACAGUUACCAAAUGUGAUACAUCCACCUAUGCAGCAAGUUAAGCCAGUUGAGAACCAGUAUAUGUACAAUAAUAUGAUGCCACAAGUCCCUCCAGUAUCAUAUUAACAUUUAGUGCUGGCACACCAGAGAAGGAAAAAGUAACAUUCAGCAAAAAUAAUCUAUACGAAAAAUAAAAUAGAAUGCUGGCCAGUACAUUUAAUACUAAAGAGGUUUUACAUCAAUUACAUUGAAAGGGACAAUACAAGGAAUGGUUGAUUUGAAGAGAUAACAACAUGUUUGAAAUAAAUAUUUUGGUUUUAGAAAUUCACAGUGAAUGUUACUUAUAGAGGGUGCUUCUUUUACAUUUGAAAGAAAACAGUGAUAUGGAUUGUUGAAAUUAAAGUUUGCGGAACAAAGUGAUAGUGUUUCAAUAAAACAUUUAAAGACAUGAAAACUGUGUGUAACAUGCAAAUAAGGAAUUAUAUAGUUUAAAGAUAUAUUCAGCAUCACA